AAAUAAAAUCUGGCCCUGCUGUUUUUGCCUCUCUUCUUUUCGUAGCCAUGGCUUCAGAUUCUUCUCCCGCUAAUUUCAAUAGUGGUCCUUCCUCUCCUGAUGAUUCCUUCUCAAGUCCCAUCCCUGACACCUCUUCACCAGCUCAUCGCCGCCGGCGUGGCCGUCGUCAAGCCACCACUCCAUCUGCAGCCGCCGUAACCCCGCCUUCAAACCCUUCUCGUUUUGCCAACUCAGCAUCGACUCCAACUCCAUCCCGAUCCACCAGGCGUGGCCGACGUCCAGCAACCACAUCCCCAACUCCACCCGCUGCCGCCACUCCAUCCUCCACAGAUGAUUUCCCGCCUCCAUCUUCAGAUGGUGGUGACGAUAUGGAGGAGGCCACUCCUACCUUUGUUUGGGGUACGAAUAUCAGCGUCCAAGAUGUGAAAAAUGCAAUUCAAAUGUUCAUCAAGCAUUUCAGAGACCCACAGGAAUUAAGCAAUGAUAUCUAUGGAGAAGGGAAGUAUACGAGAAUGAUACAUAGAGUGCUUGAAGUUGAAGGAGAGUGGAUCGACGUUGAUGCUCAUGAUGUUUUUAAUUAUGACUCUGAUUUGUAUAACAAAAUGAUGAGAUACCCCCUCGAGGUUUUAGCGAUUUUUGAUAUCGUCUUGAUGGACAUCGUUAGUUUGAUUAAUCCUCUGUUCGAUAAGCAUGUGCAAGUUCGGAUUCAUAAUCUGAAGAGUUCUACUUCCAUGAGAAAUCUCAACCCAUCCGAUAUUGAGAAGAUGGUGUCAUUAAAGGGGAUGAUUAUUAGGUGUAGUUCAAUAAUUCCCGAGAUUAGGGAAGCAGUGUUCAGGUGUAUUGUAUGCGGCUAUCAUUCUGAUCCUGUUGUUGUUGAUAGAGGACGAAUGACUGAGCCUACCUCGUGCUUGAAGCAAGAGUGUAUGACCAAGAACUCAAUGACGUUGGUUCACAACAGAUGCAGGUUUGCUGAUAAGCAGGUUGUGAGGCUCCAGGAGACACCAGAUGAGAUCCCUGAAGGAGGGACACCACACACGGUGAGCUUGUUGAUGCAUGAUAAGCUAGUGGAUGCUGGAAAACCUGGUGACAGGGUUGAGGUCACUGGCAUUUACAGGGCUAUGAGUGUCCGACUUGGGCCAACACAAAGAACUGUGAAAUCACUGUUCAAGACAUACAUUGAUUGUCUUCACAUAAAGAAAACUGAUAAGUCGAGAAUGACAGCUGAGGACCCUAUGGAAACUGAUAAGGGCUCACAAAGGAUAGAUGAUGAUGUCCAGUUUGAUGAAGACAAGGUGGAUAAGUUGAAAGAGUUAUCAAAACAACCAGAUAUAUAUGAAAAACUAACUAGGUCAUUGGCACCCAACAUUUGGGAGCUCGAUGAUGUGAAGAGAGGUCUUCUUUGCCAGCUUUUUGGCGGGAAUGCUCUUAAGUUGCCAUCUGAUGCUAGCUUCCGUGGUGACAUCAAUAUCCUUCUAGUUGGUGAUCCUGGAACCAGCAAGUCCCAGCUACUCCAAUACAUACACAAGCUUGCUCCGCGUGGCAUUUAUACCAGUGGAAGAGGGAGCUCUGCUGUUGGAUUGACUGCUUAUGUUGCCAAGGAUCCUGAAACAGGGGAAACUGUUUUGGAAAGUGGAGCCCUUGUUCUGAGUGACAGAGGCAUCUGUUGUAUUGAUGAAUUUGAUAAGAUGUCUGAUAAUGCGAGGAGUAUGCUGCAUGAGGUCAUGGAACAACAAACUGUUUCAAUAGCAAAGGCUGGUAUAAUUGCAUCUCUUAAUGCAAGGACUUCAGUUUUGGCUUGUGCAAAUCCUAGUGGCUCGCGCUAUAAUCCACGUUUGUCUGUGAUUGACAACAUCCACCUGCCUCCAACCUUGUUGUCCAGAUUUGAUUUAAUCUACUUGAUUCUCGACAAGGCUGAUGAACAGACAGACAGGCGUUUAGCUAAGCAUAUUGUUUCUUUACAUUUUGAGGACACAGAGAUUGCUGAACAUGAUGUCAUAGAUCUUGCUACAUUGACAUCAUAUGUGAGUUAUGCUCGUAAGAAUAUUAACCCAAAAUUAUCUGAUGAAGCUGCUGAAGAGCUAACCCGAGGGUAUGUUGAGAUGAGGAAAAGAGGAAAUUUCCCUGGCAGCAGUAAAAAGGUCAUCACAGCAACACCAAGGCAAAUUGAGAGUCUAAUACGUCUCAGUGAAGCAUUGGCUCGUACUCGCUUCUCGGAAUGGGUUGAAAUGAGAGAUGUAACUGAAGCAUUCCGGCUUUUGGAAGUUGCUAUGCAGCAAUCAGCAACUGAUCACUCCACUGGAACCAUUGAUAUGGAUCUUAUAACCACUGGAGUUUCCGCAAGUGAAAGGAUGAGGGAGAGUGUGCUAUCAGCAGCACGCAACAUAAUAAUGGAUAAGCUACAACUCGGGGGACCAUCAAUACGAUUAUUAGAGUUACUGGAUGAACUGAAGAAGCAGAGCUCUGGCAGUGAAAUCCACCUUCAUGAUCUAAGAACUGCAGUUGCAACUCUAGCCAGUGAGGGAUUUGUUGCUCUUCAUGGCGACAGCGUGAAGAGGAUAUAAAGGCUAGAAGCUAAGAGAGACCCCAAACCGACGUGCUAACCGUGAAUGCUGCCUUGCUACGUCCAAGAUACCUUCUGCAAGAAACAUGUACUCUUAUAUGGUAUCACUCAGCCUGUGGUGGACAUUCUUGAUAGAAGAGAGAAUGAAUUGAGUGUUAGGUAUGUCAUUAAGUAGGUGGUGGUGACAUUGUAUCAUAUCCUUAGCAGCUUCUGGUAAUACAUGGCUUAUGCUUUUCCA